CUGGAUCCUCUGGUUCCGUAACAACAUCCCGUUGGCUUCCCUCAGGCGGCCGGACCAGUGCAGCCGCCUCCUCCCAGGAGCGCCCGCUCGCGCGGGCCCGCGCCCUCCCCGGCUCAGGCCGCCAUGGCCACCAACCCGCAGCCGCAGCCGCCUCCUCCCGCACCGCCGCCUCCUCCGCCUCAGCCGCAGCCGCCGCCGCCGCCGCCGGGCCCCGGGGCUGGCCCCGGUGCAGGCGGAGCGGGCGGCGCGGGGGCCGGCGCCGGGGACCCGCAGCUCGUGGCCAUGAUCGUGAACCACCUCAAGAGCCAGGGGCUCUUCGACCAGUUCCGCAGGGACUGCCUGGCCGACGUGGACACCAAGCCUGCCUAUCAGAACCUGAGACAGCGUGUUGAUAACUUUGUUGCAAACCACUUGGCAACUCACACUUGGAGUCCUCAUCUCAAUAAGAACCAGCUAAGAAACAAUAUUAGACAACAAGUUCUCAAAUCAGGAAUGUUGGAGUCUGGUAUCGACCGAAUUAUUUCUCAGGUUGUGGAUCCAAAGAUCAACCACACAUUUAGACCUCAGGUGGAGAAGGCUGUGCACGAGUUUUUGGCCACACUAAAUCACAAAGAGGAAGCAAGUGGCAGCACAGCUCCCGAUGAGGAGAAGCCAGACUCUGCCGUCAUUACACAAGGUGUUCCUGCUCCUGGGCCCAGCGCUAAUGUAGCCAGUGAUGCCAUGUCAAUUCUGGAAACCAUCACUUCUCUUAACCAAGAAGCUAAUGCUGCCAGGGCUUCCACAGAGGCAUCAACCACCAAGCCCAGUGACAGAGCAGCCAAAAAACUCCCAUCUCAGCCCAGUGCUGACACCAGCACUGACAGAGAAAGAGCUGCAGAGGACCUCGCCGACAGGGAGCAGCCGCCACCUGAUUCUGGAGGGGAGGUGCUGGGAACCGCCCCCAAGUCCGAAGAGCUUAAUGACCUCCCUUGUCCAGUUGAAGAAACUAAAAAUCAUGCAAAGGAGAAUAAUAAUUUAAUUCUGCUAAAUAAGGAUGUGCAACAGGAAAGCAGUGAGCAAAAAAGCAAGUCAACAGACAAAGGUGAAAAGAAGCCAGACAGCAAUGAAAAAGGAGAGAGAAAGAAGGAGCGGAAGGAAAAGGCAGACAGGAAGUCUGACUACUCAAAACGCAGUGAAGACACCCAGAAAGCUGCUGAAAAACAAGCCAAGGAAAAAGAAGGGGAGAGUGCAAAACUUCCAUCAGAAAAGAACAGCAAUAAAGGCAAAACUGCUGAAGGAACAAAAGAAGAUUUCUCUUUGAUGGAUUCUGAUGUGGAUGGACUUACAGACAUCACAGUGAGUUCUGUCCAUACCAGUGACCUUUCAUCUUUUGAAGAAGACACGGAGGAAGAGGUUGUGAUGUCUGAUAGCAUGGAAGAAGGCGAGAUCGCCUCAGACGAUGAAGAGAAGAAUAAACAAAAUAAAACAAAAACUCAAACUAAUGAUUCUAUUGAAGGAAAAGCAAAAACUGCACGGCAUACGUAUGUUCACAAACCGUAUCUUUACUCAAAGUACUACAGUGAUUCUGAUGAUGAACUGACUGUGGAGCAGCGGCGACAGUCCAUCGCUAAAGAAAAAGAAGAGAGGCUUUUAAGAAGGCAAAUUAAUAGAGAGAAACUUGAAGAAAAGCGAAAACAGAAAGCUGAAAAGACAAAGUCUUCAAAAGCCAAGAGUCAAGGCAAGAGUAAUGUGGACUUAGAAGAACUAUCAUCAAAGAAUUUGGAACCUAAAACCCCCAAAAUUAAAGAAGUCCUUAAAGAACGGAAGGUUUUAGAGAAAAAAGUAGCUUUGAGCAAAAAAAGAAGGAAAAUUUCAAGGAAUGUUGAAGAGAAUUCCAAAAAGAAGCAGCAAUCUGAAGAAGAUUCCAAAGAAACCCUGAAAACCAGUGAGCAUUGUGAAAAGGAAAAGAUGUCUUCUUCAAAGGAGCUGAAGCAUAUUCAUGCAAAAAGUGAACCAAGUAAACCUGCCCGGAGACUUUCAGAGUCUUUGCAUUCAGUUGAUGAAAACAAAAAUGAAUCCAAAACAGAAAGAGAACACAGAAGACGCACAUCCACCCCCGUCAUGGUGGAAGCGACCCAGGAAGAGACUGACAUGAGAGACGGGAAGAGGCAGGUGGAACGCUCAGAAAUGAGCACAGAAGAACCCCAGAAACAGAGAAGCACAGUGAAAAGUGAAAAGCAUCUGAGGAAGGAUGACUCUGAGUCUCCACAUCUGAAAGGCCUGCCUAAGAAGGAGCUGAAGCCAUCCAGGGAGAAGCCUGACAAAGAGAAGCCUCUGUCAGAAGAUAAAGUGUCUAUGAAACAUAAAUAUAAAGGUGACAGCAUGCACAGCACGGGCGACGAGGCUGACCUGCACUCCUGUGAGAAAGGUUUAAAAGUGGAGGAAAAUAUUCAGAAGCAAAGUCAACAGGCAAAGCUUUCUUCAGAUGAUAAAGCUGAACGAAAAAGCAAACACAGGAAUGAAAGGAAAUUAUCAAUUUUAGGCAAGGAUGGAAAGCCGGUUUCUGAAUAUAUUAUAAAAACAGAAGAGAAUGGUCGCAAAGAAAACAACAAAAAAGACAGACACUUGUCAACCGAAAAACCGAAGGCAGAGCACAAAUCCAGACGGUCCAGUGAUUCUAGGAUUCAGAAAGAUUCUCUAAGUGCCAAGCAGCACAGUGUCACAUCACAGAGAAGAAGUGAAAGUUAUUCUGAAGAUAGAUGUGACACAGACUCAACCAACUUAGACAGUGUUUCCAAACCAGAAGAGGUUGUUCACAAGGAAAAGCGAAGAACAAAGAGCUCGUUAGAUGAGAAACCCGUGUUAAAGCCUAAGUCAAAAAGUCAAGGCAAGCAGUUAAAAGGCGUAGAAGCAGAAGUAGCAGAAAAUGUCACAAAGCAGGCAGCCACUCCAAAACCAGAGAAGGAGAAAAACGCGGACGAAGAUGACUCAGAAAAGCAACGGAAGUCUAAAGCUGAAGAGAAACCUUUUGAAGAAACUGGUGUUGAACCUGCCUCAGAGACUCCUGCUUCCUCGGCACCUAGUAUGCAGAAGGAUUCUACUCAUAGAGCUAAGUUACCUUUAGCAAGGGAGAAAUCUCGGGGUGACAAGGAUCCAGGCUCCCGGCUUGACAGAAAGCCAUCAGAUGGACACAGAAGUAGAAGUUUGAAGCAUAGUAGUAAAGAUGCGAAAAGGAAGGAAGAAAGUAAAUCAGAUGACAAGGAUGGCAAAGAAAUUGAUAGUAAUCACGAAAAGGCCAGAGGAAAUGUUUCAGUCAUGGAAAAGAAGUUGAGUAGAAGGUUUUGUGAAAAUCGAAGAGGAAGCUUACCACAAGAAAUGGCCAAAGGAGAGGAAAAAUCAGCAGCAAACACUUCAGGCACUCCCAGUAACUCCUCCCUUCAAAGACCAAAAAAAAGUGGUGAUGCCACAUUGAUUCCUGAACAAGAGCCAAUGGAAAUUGAUUCUGAGUCAGGUGUUGAAAAUGUGUAUGAAGUUUCUAAAAUCCAAGACAGCAACACUAAUAGUUCUCAGCAACACACUGACUCUGAAAAUAUUAUAAAACAAAAAACUAAUGCCACAGUUCUAAAGGAUGAAUCACGAACUUCUACAGUAGAUUCAAAAACAACAGCUCUCACCUGUAAGUCAGGGCGUGGAACAGGAGUUACUGGUAAUUCUGAAAAGCACACUGACCGCAGAAGCCCCCUGGCCAGAAAAGUGCAUGUGCAAAGUGCUGUAUCUAAACCGAGCCCCGGAGAGAGAGAGCCUGUUCAGCGAGCAGCUCACGAAGUGAAUGCAGGCUUGGAAACUGCACAUAGAGUGCUGCCCAGUGCCCCGCCAGAAAACGGGAGGGUGCAGAAGAACCUGAAAAGUGCAGCCAAGCCUGCCGACGAGCGCGUUGCUCAAGGGGAUACUGUUCUCAGACAUUCCACAGGUGCAGAGCUCGCACCAUCCCUAAGCGCAGUGACUGCUGGAUCUCAGAAAGAAUCUCAUGGUUCAGAUGUAAAUCCUCUAGUUGACAGAAGAACUGCUUUAGAAGGUGGCACUGCCAGCAUUGCUCCUAUGGGUCACUGUGCUGUCCCUAAGACAAGUGACAACAAAGAAGGUGAUGAAGGUUCCACAGUAGAGACAGCAGCAAAAACCAGCAUCACUAGCAAAAGACACAUCCCAGAUGGUUACCAGGCCACUUCACUGGACAGUAAGCCAGACAAAGUGAUCGUGCCUCUCAGGAGCAAGGUAGCCAGCGUGGCUGUGGGAAAUGAGAAUGUUCACAAAGAAGGCCGCUCAGCAGACUUGGCCCAGAAAGAGAGCGAUUUAAACUCAGAGCCCAGUUUAAAGCAGACAAGCAGAGCAGCAGUAGAAAAUGACAAGAAGGAUGGCACUGCUGUUGACCGUACCAUAGGCACGAGUGCAGGAAAAGAUGUUGAAACUGUGGAACUUACACAUGAUAGAGGCCCCGGCAAAAUAAAAGACAUACGCAUUGGUGUUGAAAGAAGGAAUGAAAGCAGUGAGGUAGACACCAGUGCUAUGAGUGGCUCUGCAGCCCCUGUUUUACACCAAAAGAAUGGAAAAACUGAGGUUUUGGCGAGUGGACCCAGUAAGGUAGGAAAGACUUCUGUCGCCACUAGCACUGAAGGGAACAAGAAAAGCGUUCCCAUGAGCUCAGUAAAGGCGGGUGCUGCCACCACCACAUCUUCAGAAAGCAGAGAACGUGAGGUGGCUCUGCCCUGCACCAGCAUUGAGGCCGAUGAAGGCUUCAUGGCAGGCACACGCCCUGGAAGCCGUCCGCUUCAGGCCAGGGCAGAAACUGUUUUUGCUGCAGCUGAAGAAGAAGGAGCUGUCGUCACAGAGGGGUUCGCUGAGAACGAAACUUUCCUCACAAGCACCAAGGAAGGGGAGAGUGGGGAGUGUGCCGUGGCUGAGUCGGAGGAAAGAGCAGCGGGCCUUGUGGCUGUGCACGCAGUUGACACUGAAGCCACUGUGAACAGUGUUGUGACAGAGGAGAAGGAUGACGCUGUCACCAGUGCAGGCUCUCAGGAGAAGUGUCACGGCUCUUCCAGUAGAGACACAGAAACGGUCGAAGAAACUGUUACUUUUAUUAGUGAAGUUGAAAGCGAUGGGGCAGUUACCAGUGCUGGGACAGAAGUAAGAGCUGGGUCCCUCAGCAAUGAAGAGGUUGACAGGUUCCAGGGAAAUAAGAUGAGACUGGGCCCCAAAAAAGAAACAGAGGGCACUGUGACAUGUACGGGAGCAGAAGGCCAGAGUGGCAAUUCUGCAGUGACCAGGGCAGGGCCCCGAGAGGAGAGCGUGGUAACGGGUGCAGAUGUGGCUCUGGCAGGUAAUGACACACCAGCAGGAGCCAGCGCCAGGCUCGAAGGGGACAGCUCCGUGAAUGACGGCGUAGAAGGAGAGAGCGCAGUGACCAGCACGGGGAUAACGGAAGAGGACGGGGAGGGUCCAGCCAGCUGCACAGGUUCGGAAGAUAGUGGCGAAGGCUUUGCUCUAAGUUCUGAGUCAGAGGAAAAUGGAGAGAAUGCCAUGGACAGCACAGCAGCCAAAGAUGUCACCAACAUCCCAUUAGUCGCUGCUGGCCCAUGUGAUGAUGAAGGCAUUGUGACCAGCACAGGUGCAAAAGAGGAGGAGGAGGAAGGGGAGGGUGUGGUGACCAGUACUGGAAGAGGAAAUGAAAUCGGGCAUGCUUCCACUUGCACAGGCAUGGGAGAAGAGAGUGAAGGGGCGCUGAUCUGUGAAAGUGCAGAAGGGGACAGUCAGAUUGGUACAGUGACCAAGCAUGUGGAGGCCGAGGCCGGAGCGGCCAUCGUCAACGUGAGUGAGAGUAAUGCUGACAGUGUGAGCGGCGUGGAGAAGGUCAAAGACGCAGAGAUCUGCUCCAGUGCCAAAGGGGUCGUGGAGAGCAGCGUGACCAGUGGGGCUUUGGGGAAGGAGGAAGUGGCACCCAUCCUGGAGGGUUGCGAGGACCCCAUGACUAGUGCUGCUUCCGAUCAAAGCGACAUUCAGCUCGCCAGGGAAGAAAAUGCUAGAGACACCAUUAUCUCCACGGGGCUGGUAGGGGCCAGUUAUGACACUCUUGUGUGUGGUGCCAUCCUGGGGCGUGAAGUUGCCCACACAUCACCAAGUGAGAAAGAAGAUGAGGGCGUCAUCACGUCUGUGGAGAACGAGGAGUGUGACCACCUCCUGGCCACCACCGCCAGGGACGGGAUCACCAAGCAGCAUGGCCUCGCCAGUGGCACAAGUCUGAACAAAGGCCUGAUGAUCUCCACCAGCACGACAAGUGAUGACGUGCCUCGCGGGAGUGCAGUGGUAACCACAGGAGAAGGGCACACAGGUGCUCUGAGGGCUGGGGAAAGUGUGGACAGUGCCAGGGCGAACGUGGAAGAGUUCGAGGCCCCCAUGCCCAGUGCUGUGUCCGGGGAGAGCCCAUGUGCUCCAGGCCGGAGUGAGGAAAAAGACGAGUGUGCCAUGAUCUCCACGAGCAUAAGGGAGGAGUGCGAGGUGCCCAUUUCCAGCGCAACCCCUACCAAGUGUGCCGAAGGUCCACAGCCACUCGCAGCUGUGGAAGAGAGAGCUGAAGGUGUGGUCUUCGUGAGCACGGCUGACUUUGAGGGGCCUAUGCCCAGUGCACCCUCAGAGGCCCAAGGCCCCCUCACCUCAACCAGCAAGGAGGAAAAGGAUGAAUGCGCCCUCAUUUCCACCAGCAUAGCAGAGGAGUGUGAGGCCUCUGUGUCUGGGGCAGUUGUUGAAGGUGGAAACGAACAAGCUGGGAUGGCCCUGGAAGAGAAGGAUGGGAGCGCUGUCAUCUCUACAAGCUCAGUGGAAGACUGCGAGGGCCCGGUGUCCAGCGCCGCCCCACAGGAGGGGGCUCAUACCUCAGUCACACCAGUGGAAGAGAUGAGUGAUGCUGCCAUGAUUUCCACAAGCACCUCUGAAGGGUGCGAAGCGGUCAUGAUGGGCGCCGUCUCCCAGGAUGAAGACCAGCCCACCACUGCAAGGUUGGAGGACUUGAGCGACACCGCCAUCAUCUCCACCAGCACAGUGGAGUGUGUGCCAGCUGUCGUCAGCGUCAGCAGACAUGGAGAGAAUCUGCCAGCUGCACGUGACCCAGAAGGAAGCAGUGACCUGUCAGCCACAAGAGCAAACAAGCACCAGGUGCCCAUGCCCAGCCUGAUUGCUGAGCAUAACUGUCAGCAUCCGGGGCCGUCCACAGAAGGCAGAGAGGUGAUGGCAGUGAGCACCGAGGAAGGCCAGAACCGGCUGUCAGUCCAGGAGCCCGCUGCAGGACAGGGCCAGCCAAGUGCCACAUGUGCACAGGAGGAAGAGACACAUGGCAGGGAGGGCCCUGGCACAGGCCCGCUCCCGGGAAGAGGACAGGAGAGUGCCUUGCACCUCAUCACAGCAGACGAGGAGGAGGCGUUGCUGAGCUCUGCACAGAGUGAAGGGAACAGCCCAGAGGCAGAGUGGGCAAAGGGCAGUAGCACGGCCUGUGGUUCAGCAGGGAGGGGCGUGGAGAGGAGCACAGGCUGCCCUGUCCCUCUGAGAGGGCCAGGACAGGUGGCAGAGGAGCCCUCUGUCAGUGUUCACUAUUUGGCCGCAGCAAAUACCGGUGCUAAAACUGGCGACACGCCACCUGUCCAAGACACUGCCGUGGUGCAUUCCUCUGUUCCUCCUGAGGAGCGAGGGCCUGAAGACAACCUAAAAACCACAACCUCCAAAUGUGGUACUGGCCAAGAAUCAAAAACUGUUGCUUCCCACACAACGGUCCUUCCAGCUGUCCCCCACGAGGCUCUGUGGGCUCCUAGAUGUGAGCAGCACUUGAGUACAAGGAGUGCCCUUGGUGGCACACGGCCUGAGAAAGCUGGAGGUGGUAGCAGCAUGGGAGACUUCUCGGGCCCACUUUCUUCUGAAGAAAACGGGUGUGACGUAGGCAAUGAAAAGUCUCCAUCAAACACUUUUGGAAGAACGGAACUGAAAGCCAACUUGAAAACUGAGACAUAUGUGCCUUCAGAGAAAGAGAGAAAUCCUGGCGUUCUAGCAUCACCAGAAAGCCGGCGAGGGGGGAAGCCGAGUGGAGCAGCUGAGCGACAGAGGGAGACUUCGUUGGUCAAUGAAUCACUAAAUGAGGAAAAUUCAGGCUCCAAAACAGAUGAAGAAGAUCAUAGCAAAUUUCCUAACAAAGGAGAGAUACCCAAUGGGAGAAAAGACAACAUGGAAGCUCUAAGAGGUCACGGUACUGAAGCAAAUUCUAAGGAGGUUGAAGACGAAGAAAGGCAGAUGCCUAACAGAAAAAGAAAGAAGCAUUAUCCCUCUUCAGAAGACGAACUGGAUGAUAAUCCAGAUGUCCUGAAUUCCAGAAUAGAAACAGCACAGCGGAGGCCUUCUGAAACUGAGCCACAUGACACAAAGGAAGAGAACUCUGGAGAUUUAGAAGAAUUACCUAAAACAAGUUCAGAGACAAACAGCACUGUCUCAGGGACCAUGGAAGAAAAAGACGAGAGCGGCAGUGACGCUGCCGGUGAAAAGAUGGAGCAGAACGACGACGAGACCAUCAAAUCCCAAGAGGAGGAUCAGCCAAUAAUUAUUAAAAGGAAAAGAGGAAGACCUCGAAAAUACCCUGUAGAAACAGCAUUAAAAAUAAAAGAAGAAGAUUCCAAAACAGAUACUGGAAUUGUUACUGGAGAACAGUCUCCACCCAGCAGCAAGCUGAAAGCAGCGCAGCCAGAUGAGCCCAAUAAAGAGACGGCUGACCUACAAGAAAGAAGCAUGAACAGCGAUGAUGUUGAAGAAAAAUUAGCAAGUGUGCGUCGGAGAGGGAGGAAGCCCAAACGUUCAUUCACGCUUUCAGAUGAUGCUGAAUCAUCAGAACCAGAACGAAAACGCCAGAAAUCAGUAUCUGAAGCAACUGAGGACAAGAAAGACCAGGAGUCCGAUGAGGAGGAGGAGGAGGAAGAGGAGGAGGAGGAGCCUUCAGGAGCCACCACCAGAUCCACCGCCAGAUCCGAGGCUCAGAGAUCGAAGGCACAGCUCUCCCCUUCUACCAAGCGCAAGCGAGAAGUCAGCCCUCCCGGGGCCCGGACGAGAGGCCAGCAGAGGGUGGAGGAAGCCCCCAUGAAGAAAGCGAAGCGGUAAUCCCACCCCAGUGCCCCUGGCUUGUAGGGGAAGACCAUGGAAAGAAAAGGGACGAGCCUAUGGCCACAGGCUUCUUUGUUUUUAAUCAGAAAAAGGAUGUGCAUGUGCUGUAAGUUCCUAGGUGCAAGCUCUCUCUUGUUAUGUUUUAAACAGCUUUAUAAACUAUUGUUCAUAGAAGAUAUUAUGUACAUUUAUUUCAGAUGAAAAUAAGUUUACUUUGUAUCUGAAUUCAAAACAAAGUAGUUGUAUAUUUUAACAUUUGAAAUUGGGAUUUCCCAAUGUGAUACAUCAUUACUGCAAACCCUUCCAGCCCUUCAGACGCCAAGCUGCCUGCUGGUGAUCUGUGUAUAAAUACAAACAUGUAAAAAUAGGUUGUAUUUUACUCUAUGUAUGAUGCUAAUCAAUGAACACUUUAUUUAUUUUACAGAGAAAACUUAUCUGUGAACUUUACUAUAUAUCUGUUUAUUUUAUUUUAUUUUAUUUUAUUUUAAUAAAAGGUUUUAAAUGCUAUGCAGUCAUUCGUAGAGCAGUUUUUGGGACCCUGCCUGCCCUGUAACAAUCUGAGUAUGACCUGGCGGAAACUCUCGCAUGUAUCCAGGUGAAGUAGUUUAGCUAAAGAAGGGUUCUCCAUCGCUUCUCUGUUCACAGUCGUGGCUCUAUUUUUUAAGAAUGUAACUUGUUUUUAGAUUAUACUUGCAUAUGUAACUUUACAACCAGCCCACUGAUGUGAAAUGCUGGUUCAGGUAGUUACUCUGGUCACGUACAGCAGACACCCCUCUGUCCAUGUUGAGUCCUCUCCUCUGCUGUUCUGAAGCUUCUACCCGUGUUCUCUCCCUAUCGUCCCUUUCAGUGGAGAGAAAUGCAGGGGUUAGGUCCCCCUGGUCUACACAGUGUCAGGAGUUAAUGUUGUUUUAUACACAUACUCUGUCUUAUUUCGGGAUAGAAACUGGCUUUAUGGCCAGGUGUUUUUUUAAACAUGCUUUAACUCCCAUAAUGAGCAAACUGUCCAACUUAAGUUUUUCAUAGAAUUAAACCUUUCUUAAGAUCAAAUUUGUCUCUUGCAAUGAUGUGAUAAGUUGCCAAAUAAUUGAGAUUAUUUUAAAAUGUUUUGUUCAUAUUCUUGUUUUAUAAUUAAAAUUUACAUUCAGUGAGUGUGGAUUUUUUUUUUUAACUCUUAAUGUAAGGUGGAUAUUUCUGUCAUUUUACAUUGUUUCUUACUGAGAUUUUAUAUAUAAAUUAUAAAAUGUUUCCCAAAA